AUGACCUCUUUGCCCGGCGCCCUUUCAGGCCAGGACGCCUCCAAAAUUGUCUUCCCCGAUCUCGCCUCCGUCUCGUCCCUAGUAGCCGCCUACCCGCUUGGCCUGUGCCCCGCAACAGCAGCCUCCCCUGAUUUGUCCUCCUCAGGGCCACACGGCCACCUCCUGCCCUACUCCUGCUCGGGACUGGCACCCCCGGGAGAGUCCUACCUGCCCUGUCAGCAGCCGGGGGCGCCAUCUCAGCCCCGUGUCCACGUGCCCGCAGAACGCCCACAGCAACCUGAGGCGGAAUCCCAGAAGCUACCACAGUCCCCAGAACCUUCUCACCUGCGCCCCCAGCCCCCCUCCCCCAGGAAGGUGCACAAACAUCGGACCAUCUAUCUACUCAAGCCGCAGCAGCUGGGCCAGAGUUUCCAGCAUACCCAGCACCUAGCACUGCCCGAGACCCAGCUGGCAGUGCAGCUCGGCUUCACCCAAACCCAGGUAAAGAUCUGGUUUCAGAACAAACGCUCCAAAUAUAAGAAGCUCCUGAGGCAGAGCUCUGGGGAACAAGGAGGGAACUUCCCUGGGAGACCCCCCCCCUCCCUGUCUCCCUGCUCCCCACUCCUUCCAUCCCUCUGGGAUCUACCCAAGGCAGAGCUCUGUCGUGGUGGCUAUGGCAAUGGCUUUGGAGCCUGGUAUCAGCAUCGCUGGCCAGAUGUGCUGGCCCUGCCUCAGAUGAUGUGA